AUGCCAACAAGCUACACUCAAUCUGAGCGAGUUGACGCGAUAACAGGCGACGUGAACACACGGGUCCUCGACUGCUUUGCGCGCGAUCAACUGCGAUUUGAGGUUCUCAAGGCGAAACUAAGGUGGAUCGCGUAUCGGAUGACUCGGCGACUCGGGAUGACACAAUCAGAGUAUUGGCUCAGUGUGUCAACAAUGGGAUCACAACACGAACACGUCGGUCAAUGA